CAAACUCCACAUCUUUGCAGAUAAAGCAGAGUUCUCUGCUGACCAAUUAUAAACUCCAUUUUCAUCUUUCCUCAUGCAUCAAAUUCCCAUCCCUUCAAAUCAUAUUUAACAUGAAUACUAAGGUCAGCAGGAUUGCUAAAUUCUGUCUGCUGAAUCUGUUCUCAGUUCUGAGCACUAUAUUCGCCACUGCGCAUGAAGAUUCAUCUCAAAAUUCGAACUUUCUUCUUCAAGUAAAGUCUGAGCUCGUGGACCCGCGGGGAGCUCUUUCAAGCUGGUCUUUUGAUGCUCAUUUCUGCAACUGGAAUGGAGUUAAAUGCUCUAAAAGUCAUCAUGCUCGUAUCUUGAGUCUGAACCUGUCAGGUUCAGGACUAUAUGGUUCCAUUCGUUCUGAGAUUGGAGGACUCAUUGCUCUUCAGUCUCUUGAUUUGUCUUCUAAUUCACUCACCGGGCAGAUUCCUCCAGAGAUUGGGAAUCUGAAGAACUUGAGAGAGUUGCUUCUGUAUUCCAAUGCAUUCUCUGGUUCUAUUCCGCCGGAGCUCGGGCUGUUGAAAGAGCUCAGAGUUCUCAGAAUCGGAGCCAACAAGCUAUCAGGAAAGAUUCCGCUAAAUAUUUCGAACUGCUCACGAUUAGAGAUACUGCGUUUAGCUUCUUGCCAAUUAAGUGGAGCUAUUCCAUGGCAACUCAGCAAACUGAAGCAUCUCCAAGUAUUCGCUGCAGCAGACAACAGACUGGAAGGAGAAAUUCCUUCGGCUUUUGGAGACAUGAAGUCAUUGCAAACUCUUAAUUUGGCUAGCAACCAGCUUCAUGGAUCCAUUCCUUCGGAGCUUGGCGACCUCUCGAAGUUACAGUAUCUGAAUUUGCUGGGAAAUAAGUUAAGUGGCAGCAUUCCCUCGGAGUUGAAUCAGUUGUCACAGCUGCAGGUUUUAGAUUUGUCGCAAAAUAGUCUCUCUGGUACAGUCCACCUAUCUACGGUCCAGCUCAAGAAUUUGCAGUAUCUUGUGCUUUCAAACAACUUUUUUGAGGGAGAAAUCUCUGGGGAUCUCUGCCCCCAGGCUUCUAGCCUGCAGAACUUAUUUCUUGCCGAGAAUAGAUUCUCUCAGUCCUUGAACAGCAUCAUGAACUGCACUUCUCUUCAAUCCUUGGAUCUCUCUGGAAACAGAUUUAGUGGAGUGAUUCCAUCAAACAUAGAUACUCUUCAUAACCUUGUUAACCUUGUUCUCCACAACAACAGCUUUUCUGGCGCAAUACCGACGCAAAUUGGUAACCUUAGUAAUCUAGAGAUUUUGUCUAUCUUCCAUAAUGGUCUCAUUGACAACAUUCCAGUGCAAAUGGGUAAACUUGAGAGGCUCACUCUCUUGUACCUCUAUGAAAACCAGUUGUCUGGAACCAUACCAGAAGAGCUGAUGAACUGUUCUAGGUUGGAGGAUGUGGAUUUAUUUGGAAAUCAUUUCUCAGGACAUCUUCCAGAUUCAUUUGGUGAGCUCAGGAAUCUUAUUCGGCUUCAUCUUAGACAAAAUGAUCUCUCUGGCCCCUUACCUUCAAGUUUGGGGAACUGUAGUAAGCUUCAGAUAUUGGCUCUAGGAGAUAACAAACUCUCAGGAACUCUACCAACAGCUUUAUAUCUUCUAUCAGAUCUGAACAUGCUCAGUCUGUACAACAAUUCACUGCAAGGCUCGAUAAUGGAGAAUCUGUUCCUACUUAAGAAUUUAACAAUCAUAAAUAUCUCUCAUAACAAGUUCACAGGGAAUAUCAUUCCAAUGUUGGGAUCAAGUAGUCUGACAUUAUUGGACCUUACAAACAACAGCUUUUCUGGAGUUAUUCCUCCAAGGAUUGGUGAAUUAAAGAAUCUAACUCGUCUGCGGCUCUCCUACAAUCAACUAAGUGGUGUCAUUCCAAGUGAAUUAGGAGAGCUAAAUUGGCUCAAUUUCCUUGAACUCUCAUCUAAUAAUCUAUCUGGUGAAGUCCCUUAUGAUCUCUCUAACUGCAAGAAACUAACACAUUUGCUACUGAAUCAAAACAAGUUUACAGGCACAAUACCAUCUUGGUUGGGAAACUUAACUUCUCUAGGUGAGCUUGACCUUUCUUCCAAUUACUUCCAUGGAAGCGUGCCUGCAGAACUCGGGCAAUGCUCCAGUUUAAUCAAACUCUUCCUCAAUGAUAACAAUCUUUCAGGCAGCAUACCUCAAGAGAUAGGCAAGCUCACUUCUCUCAAUGUUCUGGCUCUUGAAAAGAACAACUUCUCUGGCUCUUUACCUUCCUCCAUUAAAUAUUGCAACAUGCUAUUUGAUCUAAGACUGUCAGAGAACUCUAUAACGGGUUCCAUACCAGCUGAAUUUGGGCAAUUGACUGAGCUUCAGGUGAUGCUGGAUCUGAGCAACAACUUUCUAUCUGGAAGGAUUCCAUUCUCACUUGGGAAGCUCAUGAAGCUUGAAAGAUUAAACCUUUCUUCCAAUCACCUUCAAGGUGAGAUUCCUCCUUCCCUCGGACAGUUGACCAGUCUCCUUCAGCUAAACCUAUCAAACAAUCUUCUCCAAGGUCCAAUUCCUUCCGUGUUAUCAAAUUUUUCAGCAAGCUCCUUCCUUGGCAACAAAGUAUGUGGUGCUCCUUUACCUUCGUGCACUGGAGACACAGAUCACCAGAAAAGAUUGUCCAAUGCAGCUGUUGCUUGCGUUAUAGCAUCUAUUGUCUUUAGUUCAGUAAUUGUUUGCCUGAUUAUGCUGUAUAUAAUGCUAAGGGUAUGGUGCAACUGGAGAGUUGUCUCAGUCUCCAACUCUGAUAAAGAAGAUUAUGAGGAGAGGCAAAGUGGUGUGUGGGAUUCUGAUGAAAUAAGGAGAGGAAUUCAGAAGUUCUGGAAGUUUAGUUCCAGGGGAUCUGUUGCCUCGCCGGAGAAGGAGGGCACCAGUUCAUCUUCAUGCAUUCUUCAAGUAAAGGCAAAUGACAGUGCUGAGUAGCUCAAUUGAGAUCAUCAUUAUUGUUUCCUGCUUGUUUAGUUCUUUAAAAUAUCUUAUUAUUCCAACCAGUUAAAUGUAGAUAGGUGAGAGUGCGAGUUUCUUAUGCAAUCUGGCUUGAUUCAAUAGUCUCCAUUAAGUUUUAAAGUUUUUCCUUUGCGUUUUUACUACCGUGUAAGCAUAAAUGUAUUGGAAAGCUUGGGACUUUAACGUGAACAUUUUAUUUGCUGUUUAAGCUGAUAUCAUUAUCAUAAAGGAUUUGAG